AUGGGGACAAUCGAUGCAUCGAAACUGUUCCCCGACAAAUUAGUUCUGAAGGAAGUUGGAAACAAGAACGAGCCGGUUGACCGCGAGGAUCUUCUGAACGAGGACGAUAAGAACUGGAAGUCAGUGGUUUGUCGAAAAUGUGAUUCGCUGAUUUUUCCCGAAGACAAGGUUAAACUCGUGGAUAAUUAUACAGCCAGACUUCCCCUGAUGAGUAUAGGUGGUAAAGGUUGCACAGAAACCGAGGAAAUAUCGUUGUGGUGGUAUACAGCAAGCGAUAUGGAUUUUGAUACCGUUGGUUUUGCUUGGGUUGUGAUCGACAAUAAAAAGACUCUGCUCUGCGGUGACUGCGAAUUUGGCCCGAUUGGAUUACGAACUCUUGAUGACAAACAGUUUUGGGUAGCUGCCGAGAGAGUCGCUCACGUGGAUAAGCCGCCACCACCGGGAGCGAAGCCGUCACCAAAGAAGGCAAAGAAGAAGAAGAAUUAG